CCCGCCUCCGCGCGCCAUUCCUCCGGCUGCGCGUCCAGCCAGCCGCGCCUGGGCCAUGGCGGGCCUGGGGCCGCGACCCGCCAAGGGCUACCGGGUGGUGCUGCUCGGCAGCGCGGCCGUGGGCAAGACGGCGCUCGCCACGCAGUUCGCCUGCGGCAGCUUCCCCGAGCAGUGUGAGCCGUCGGUGGAGGAGCUCUUCAGCAAGGUGAUCGAGGUGAACGCGGCGCCCGCCCUGCUGGAGAUCGUGGACACGGUGGGCGCCGAGCACCUGGUCACCCUCAAGGACCUGUACAUCAAGAACAGCGACGGCUUCGUGGUGCUCUACAGCGUGUGCAGCGAGGCCUCGUUCGAGGCGGUGCGGCCGCUGCGGGAGCGCAUGGGCCGGCUGCGGGGGCCCAAGGCCGUGCCGCUGGUGCUCGUGGGCACCAAGGCCGACCUGGACGCCCAGCGCCAGGUGCUGACGGCGCGGGGCCGCGCGCUGGCCCGCGAGUGGCGGUGCCCGUUCCUGGAGGUCACGGCCAAGAGCAAACUCAUGGUGGACCAGGUGUUCACGCAGGUGGUGCGCGAGAUGGAGGCCCUGGCCCCGCCCGAGGAAGCGGUUCCGGCCGUCCCCACCAACGCGCAGGAGACGUGGCCGUCGGAAAGGUUCAUCGGCUGAUGUGCAGCCGGUUCCUGAUUCCUGUGUUCAUCGCUCUUCUUGACUUCUGAAGCUCACUUUACUCCUCUGCCUUUCUGAAGAAAGUUAUCCAGCUGUAAACAAGGGGUUGCUUCUAUAUAUUGACUCAGACCGGUGCUUCAGACUGUCCAGAGCUUCUUAAAUGUUUUGUCGAAAACUUUGUUUACCUCUGACAGUGCUGGAAGAAGAAAUUAAAAAUCGAUUUUUUUUUUUUUCCUCUAUGGAGAGAGUAUUACCCUUUUCUUCGAGUGGGAUUUGUUGCAGGAUUCUUUUUUUUUUUUUUUUCCCUUUUUGGUCAUAAUUAACACCUUCAAAGGUCAUCUGACAUUUGACAUUGAUUGAGGAACAUGACCUAGAUCGAAGCUUUCCAAUCCACGAGGCUUUCAUGUGUUCCCCUCUCAUUUACAGCCUUGAAUUGCAGUCGUAAUAUUUUCCUCGCUGCGUAUUUCUAAAUAUAGUUAUGACAUAUGUAGCAUUGGUUUGAAAGGGAUACUGUAUACCCUGGGAGGGGAAAAAUCAACUGUGUACGCAGGCAAAGAUAGUUCAGCUCUGCCUUCAGUUUUGUAAUUGACAUCUAGUCGAUUUCUGCAUCUGUAAAUUAAGUGAAAAUAAAAUGACUCUAGAAGUUGAUCGUUUUUAA